AUGGGAAAGAUCAUAUUCUAUGAAGACAGAAACUUCCAAGGGCGUUCUCAUGAGUGCAGCAGCGACUGUGCCGACCUUCACACCUAUUUCAGCAGAUGUAACUCCAUCAGGGUGGAGAGUGGCUGCUUCAUGAUCUAUGAGAGGCCCAACUACAUGGGCAAUCAGUACUACCUGAGAAGAGGAGAGUACUCCGAUAACCAGCGUGCGAUUGGAAUGAAUGACUGUGUCAGAUCUUGCCGUAUGAUCCCACAGGUACAGCUUAGGGGUUCCUACAGGAUGAGGCUUUACGAACGCUUUGACAUGGCCGGCCAGAUGCAUGAGCUAGUGGAGGACUGUCCAAAUGUCCAGGAUUGCCUCAGCAUGUCUGAUUUCAACUCCUGUAAUGUGAUGGAUGGCCACUGGCUGCUGUAUGAUCAACCCAACUACAAGGGCAGAGUAUACUACCUGAGGCCUGGAGAGUACAGGAGAUACAGCGACUGGGGAGGCAUCAGCCCUAGAGUCAGUUCCAUUAGAAGAAUCAUUGACUUCUGAUUAACUGAAGCUCAAG